AUGAGGUCCCUCUCAGGCUUGCCGUUAUUGGCCUUCCUCUCAGUUCUGUCCGUGGCCAACGCCCAUGGCUGGCUUCUUGGGCAUCAGAAAUCUUCGUUCCCAGAGCCGAAUUACAGCGGUACCUUUGGUGAUUUCGCGUCUUUUGUGUCGCACAUGAAGGAAAUUGCUAAAAAACGCGAUGUGGACCUUUUGUUGGUUGACACGGGUGAUCUCCACGAUGAUGCCUAUCUGUCUUCAUGCAUCUACGAAGGAACUGGCCUUAUCGACGGAUACCCUGCCGGCGGCAUAGACGCUCAUGAUGCGAACGAGUUCUUCAAAAAAUUGCCUUAUGACGUUCUUGCCAUUGGAAACCACGAGCUGUACACCUACAACAAUACUCUUGACAUGUACAAGAACUUCGCACCGAGGUUCAAUGGACGAUACCUCUCCUCCAACGUCAACAUCACCGUUGUGAACGAGCAUGGUCAACUCCAAAGUGUCCCUGUUGGCAGCCGUUUCGCAAAAUUCAAGACGAGGAAAGGCAAACAAGUCACUGCCCUCGGCGUUCUCUACAAUUUCACUGGGAACGACAAGAAUACCACUGUUCAAAAGGUGGCGGAUAUGGUCAAGGAAGCUUGGUUCGCUGAUGCUAUCAAAGCCGAGCCUGACUUUUUCUUGCUCACUGGGUUAGUCUUGAUCUAUGACUCAGGUCUUUGGAACAGACAUAUGCCUAUUGCCCGUGACAAUUGGCCACUUGUGUACAAUGCCAUUCGUGCCAUUCAUCCCCUUACGCCUAUUCUUAUUCUUGGUGGGCAUACCCACAUUCGCAAUUGCCUUCAGAUGGAUGGUCGCUCGAUGUCGUUGGAGAGUGGACGAUACAUGGAAACCAUUGGUUGGAUGAGCGCCAAGCUUGAUAAGAAAGGAAGCACGAAGAACAUUACUUUCAGCAGGCGAUACCUCGAUCCAAAUCGUGUCACAUUCGAGUACCAUACUCAACGCAAUGUGCACAACUUUGACACCUCCAGCGGCCAAUCCAUCGAUUCUGGCCUUGAGAAAUUGUCAAAGAAAUUCGACUUGUCUUUCCAGUUUGGAACGGCACCUCAUGAUUUCACAAUCAGCCAGUCGCCAUACCCAUCCAACAACUCCUUGCUUUCAUUGUUCAUCGAGAACGCCGUCCCAGUCGCGCUGGCCAUCAACAACACCCGCGCCUCCAUCCCCAACAUUAUGAUCACCAACUCUGGCUCCCAACGCUUCGACGUCUACGCUGGCCCUUUCACCAAGAACGACCAACUCACAGCGUCGCCCUUUGCCGAUGCGUUCCUGUACAUCGCCGACAUACCUGCCUCCAUCGCCAAGCAGGUUCUCCCGACUUUGAAUAAAGCUGGCUCGAACCAGCGACGCGAGUUGGAGGAGAGGGAGCGGGAGAUGUAUGGGAGGGGACAUGUUGAUACGGUUUAUAUGAGGUGGUUGGAGGAGAUGGAUAAGAGGAAUGAUGGGAUUGAUAGGAGGGCGGCUCAGAACCUUACUCUGGGAUACGUCACUGCGGAUAGCUGUCCAGGCGUAGGAGACGACACCCCUCACGCCCCACUACCCUUCUUCUCAUCCCCACCCUUCAUCGGCUCGCAGGUCCCGAACGUGUCUGACGAUACGCCCAUUGACCUUGUCUUUGUGGACUUUAUUCAAGCGCAGCUGUUGCAGAUUUUGAACUCGGUGCAGACGAGUAAGAGUUAUACUACGGGGGAUGUGAAGACGUACAGUCCGAUUUUGGCAAAUGCUGCGCUUGGGUUGUAUGCACAGAAAGUUUGGAAUUAG